CUACAUUCCCCUCCCGCGCUUCCUAGUCGACGUCACACCCUGCCACCCACGCUUCCCCUCGUCGCCGUCGCCGUCCCCCACGCUUCCCCCCACCGUCGCCCUCGCUUCCUCCCGCUGUCGCUCACACUUUACUCCGUCGUUGACCACGCUCCCCCUCCCGUCGCUUUCGCUUCCUCCCACCGUCGCCCUCGCUUCCUCCCACCGUCGCCCUUGCUUCCUCCCACCGUCGCCUUCGCUUCCUCCAACCGUCGCUUUCGCUUCCUCCCACCGUCGCCCUCGCUUCCUCCCACCGUCGCCCUCGCUUCCUCCCACCGUCGCCCUCGCUUCCUCCCACCGUCGCCCUCGCUUCCUCCCACCGUCGCCCUCGCUUCCUCCCACCGUCGCCCUCGCUUCCUCCCACCGUCGCCCUCGCUUCCUCCCACCGUCGCCCUCGCUUCCUCCCACCCUCCCCUACACUCCGCCGUCGUCAUCACUUCCCUGCCUACCACGUUCACCCUCUUCGUCACACGUCGCCUCUCUCUCUCCCCCUAUUCUACCUUCACCACUCCUACCGUCGUCCAUGGUUACCACCCCACACUUGAACCCUUCUCAUUCUCUCACAUUCUCCCUUCUCCCUUGCUUCUCGCCCACACUAAACGCAGAGAUGUAUGGCGCCUGGGCGCUGGGAAGCCGUCCCGUCUUCCUCCUCUUCCUCUUAUUUGCCUUCUCCUGUCCGUCCUUCCACUCUCCAUGCCUCCCUCCUCUCUUUCUCUCUCUUUCCCUCCUUCACUUCUCCCGUCCGCCCGUGCUCCCAGCCUCCCUCCUCCGUACCACUCUCCCACCCACUCUUUCUUUCAUCCUCCUGCCUCUCUUCCACCCUGCCACUCUUCUUUUCAGACUGCCACCUUCCGAGCUUCUUUUAGUCCACCUUUCCGUCUCACCCACUUGUCCUCUCCCAACUUGAUCCUCACAUCCUCCCAUCCCCCCUUCUCCCCUUCCACCCUCCAACCCUUGCGCUCAUCCUCCCUUCGUCUCACCCUCCUUUUUUCUCAUCCUCCCAUCCUCCCUCUCUUCCCUCCCCCCUCCCUUCCUCCUGUCCUCCCUUCCUCCCUUCCUUUCUUCCUCUCUUCCACCCUCUGCCCUACUCUCUGCUUCAGUGUCUUUCUCCCCUCUCUUUCCCCUUUCCUCCCUCCCUUCAUCUCAUCCUCUCUUCCGCCCUUCCUCCUUGUCUCCCUUGCUCAUUUCUCCCUCCUCAUAUUCCCUGUUCCCUGCGUCCCUCGCUGCCAUCCUCCCUUCCUCUCAGCCUCCUCACUUCCUCUCGUCAACCAUUCCUCCGCACCCUUCUACCCUGCCACGCCUAUACACUCCUACCUUGUUCUAGGGGCUUGUUUCUUGUUGCCUGCCUGCCCUUGCAUUGUCAUUGUUUUGUAUCCUUCCCCACUGCUUCGACUCUUGGCACAUUAG